GUUAACAGCCGCCAUGAGACCCAUCAAGCUAUUUCGCCGCGCUCGAAACUGAACCGGAACCCUCACUCUCUCAUCUUCAGAUAGCCAUGGGAGAGAACAAGCGGAAAGCAGGAAGAGAGUUGGCUAAACGAAAGAUGGGGAAGAGCAACAAAAGACAAAAGCAGCACUCCGAUUUCAAAACCCUAGACAAGAGAAAGAAGAAGAGGCUUGGUGGUCCUCGCUUGCCUACUGGAUUGCGAAGAGAGCUUGAUCGUGUAAACCAUACCAACAGCGACGGAGAAGAUGACGAGAUUGUUUCAGACGAGGAAAAAGAUGUGUACGAGUACGAGGAGGGUGUGCCUGAGGAGGAGUCCAGGAAGAACCGACGGUUUGACCCCGUCGAGAACUACGAGUACGAGCUGCCGGAGAAAUUUGAGGAUGAGGAUGUGCCGUCAGAUGACGAUGAAAACGACUUUGGAGGGGGCAAAAAUGAGAGUAGCAUGGUUGAAAGUGAUGAUGCUGAAGAAGAAGAUGAUGAAAGGCAUGUAAGGAUGCUGCAAGGAAUUACUGGAAUGCCUAAUGAGGUUUUUCUGGGCAAAAAGAAGAAGAGAAAUAUUAUUGUAUCAGAGGCAUAUCCAGAGUCUGAAUACAAUCCUAGUGGUGAUAUUCUGGAUGGUCGUGGACACAUUUCUGUUGAAGAUCUUCUGGAUCCUCUUCAUGGAAAGUCUGGCUACAGCCAACUUAGGAAGAGAGUGCAUCAAAUGGCGAGAAAGCCUAUGACUAUUCAUGCUCCGCUUCCUAAGGUGGUUCAAGAAAAGUUGGAGAGGAAGGCAGUUUAUGAACAAACCAAGAAAGAUAUCACUAAGUGGGAGCCCCUAGUCAAGAGGAAUAGGGAAGCACCUACUAUUAUUUUUGAGAAAGAUGUAAACUUAGGGUUUUCAACUGUGGGGGCUAUAGCUUCUGAAUUUGAGCCCAGGACUGAUUUUGAGAAGAAAAUUGCUGGCUUAGUUUAUGAUGAAAAGGUUAUUGAAGCUCACAAUGAAGAUGGUUCCAGGCUUCUUGAACUGAAUAAGGUAACAGUGGAAGAUUAUAGAAGCCAACGAAAUCAUAUUGCGAAAUUGCGCAGCCUGCUUUUCCAUCAUGAAAUGAAGAAAAAACGUAUCAAAAAGAUAAAGUCCAAAACAUAUCAUCGUUUAGCAAAGAAGGAUAGACUGAAAGCCACAUCUGCAGAAAUGGAGAUGGAUCCUGAAGCAGCGAAAGAACAGGCGAUGAAGCAGGAGUUCAAACGGGCAGAGGAACGCAUGACUCUAAAACACAAAAACAAAUCAAAGUGGGCGAAGCGCAUUUUGAAACGUGGUAUUCCUACGCAAGAUGAUGGCACUCGAGCAGCUAUUUCUGAACAGCUCCAUCAGCACACUCUUUUGACUAGGAAAAUGAAGUCCAUGAAGGAUGGCAGCAGCAGCAGCGACGGCAGCAGUGAUGACAGUAGUGAUGAGGAGGAUGUUGAUGAAAAUUUAGAUAGUUCAAACCAGGAUACCAAAUUGCUGGAACGAGCAAAAGAGAAGACGCUCAAAGUUUUGGAAGAAGAUGAUGAUGAGCCCAACUCUGGAGUGCUUUCUUUGCCUUUCAUGGUUCGUGGUAUGAAAAAAAGAAAGGAAGCGGCUGUCGAAGAAGCUAAGCUUGCUCUUAAAGAGUAUGAAACAUCAUUGAACCAAUUGGAUGAUCUGGACAGUUCAAAAGAUUCAAAAAUAGGCGCUGCUGCCGGUGGUCGAAGAGUGUUUGGUGCUGCUAAGCAUGUUCCUGAAUUGAGUAGUAAGAUUGAAGUCGAUAAUGAUUACAGUGAUAGUGAUCGUGAUGACGAUUUGGGGGGAGAAAAUGUUGAAGUUGGGAAUGCCAGUAUAAAUGAAUUGCCAAAGGAAGGUGUUUCAAAUCUUUAUUCUCUUUUACAUGACAGGGAUUUGGAGAUGCAUCAGGAUUCUGCGGUUAAGUUUGAUAAUAUUGUUGAACCUGGUCCCAAAGUGCCCGGUGAAGUAGCUAUUUUUGCAUCCGGCAAAUGGAAAAAGAUAAAAAGUGGAAGUGAAGUAGAUACCAAUGUUAAAAGGUCCUCCAAGGUUGUAGAGCCAGUCUCACGAAGUGAGAAUUUGGAGAUGAAAACCACAAAUGUAGUAGACGCCAAUGUUAAACAGUUCCCCAAGGUUGUAGAGCCUGUCUCGCAAAUUGAGAAUUUGAAGGAAGUAGUUGAUGACAGUGAUACGGACAGUGAGGGACAGAUGGUUGAUGGAAUUUUGUCUUCUGGCAUGAAAGCGACAUAUGAGAUUCCUUCUCAAGCUGAUCUUAUUCGCCAUGCUUUUGCGGGUGAUGAUGUGGAGGAAGAGUUUGUAAAGGAUAAAGAUGAUAUUCUGAAUGAGGAAAAUCCUGAACCUGAGAAGCCCGUUUUACUCCCUGGUUGGGGCCAAUGGACUAAUAUACAGAAAAAGAAAGGUUUGCCUUCUUGGAUGCUCAAGGAGCAUGAAAAUGCAAAGAAGAAAAGGGAAGAAGUUCUCAAGAAGAGGAAGGAUGCUCAUCUCAAACACGUUAUUAUUUCUGAGAAGUUGGACAAGAAGGCAGAGAAACUGCAUACAAAGGCAUUGCCCUAUCCUUUCACAUCCAAGGAGGUUUUUGAACAAAGCAUUCGCAUGCCCAUUGGACCUGAAUUCAACCCUGCGACAGCAGUGGGAGCUCUUACUCGCCCUGAAGUGGUGAAGAGACCUGGUGUUAUUAUAAAACCAAUCAAGUUUGAGGAAGUGGAUUCGUUUGAAAAGACUGAGGACCGCAAACGAAAUGCACCGAAACGAAAGACGAACAAAAAUAAGCACAGGUUAAAGCCUGUUGUGGCAAAGUCAUAAGAACAUGAGGAAAAUGGAGGGCUUUCUUCUGCAAGUCUUGUUUUCCGCGACAUCUUCUCUACUAUAUUAUACAUGUGAAUGGAAAAGUUUUGUUGAAUACUAGAUGAGUUCUGGAUAGUUGAGGAAGUGAUGAUCCAAGGGCUCCAACAUUACUGUUUUCUGGGGACCCUUCGCAGUCAGGGAAAUUUUGUUUGUUAUAUUUGUUUCUUUGGAAUUUGCGUCUCCUCAACUAGUCAUAUGGCACUAAAAAAGGUGGAGAAUUUACUGUAUAUGAUUCUAUUGCUAUCAUUUUUGGAAAAUAAAAGCACUCGGCGAUAGCUGAGUUGGUUCUCUCCCCGG